GUCACUGCAUUGCCACAAUGGUAAACACAAAUCAUUAGUAUCAAAUGUCGCUUCAAAGUGCUAAAAGAGUCCUCCUUGUCGGCAUACGCACAGGUGUCACAACGCUCCUACCCCACCUUCAAGGAAGCAUUGUACAUAAGGAGAUGACGCCGCGUUUGGCCGUCGUCGUAACGUUCCUUGUGACGUUUGUGUUCCUAUGCUCUGGUCAGUCGGUCUACAGGCCUCCGGCAGGGGAGAGAUGCGCGCCGUGUAACCAGGUGUUGGGCGUCGGUACGGACGAGGGGCUGAAGUCUGAACUGGAUCACAUGAAAAUCGUCGUGAAGCAACUUUCACGGAAGAUUGCAGAUUGGCUAAAGGACCGAGUAUCGACCCUUGAGGAACAACUGGCUCAGGAGCGAAACAGGGUGAAUAGUAUCCAGGAAGGCCUCGCGCAUGUGCAGAACGCCACGACCCAGAAUAGCAAGCUGGCGGGAAAACUGAAAACCGAUCUGUGCAGCGUAACACCGAAACUGGGACGACUCUUCCAUCUACAGUCACCAGCUGGUGGAUAUAAGUACGACUUGGAUGAAGCAAGGCACGCAUGCGCAGAACAGGGUGCUAGUCUCGCCUCCUAUCACCAGCUGGAGGAGGCCUGGCAGGACGGACUGGAGCGCUGCUCAUGCGGGUGGCUGUCUGACGGGACCGCCCGGUAUCCGACGCAAACAUCCAGCCCUGCCUGUGGAAACCGGGUUGGCAUCAACCGCUGCGGAUGGAGCACCCAAUGGAACGCCUGGUGCUUCCGCCGGCUCCCUGUCUGUAUGUUCUUCCUGUAUGGAAUGAUGAACGGAAAUAUGGCGCCGUGUCUGGCCGUCGUCGUAACGUUCCUUGUGACGUUUGUGUUCCUGUGCUCUGGCCAGUCGGUCUGCAAGCCGCCUACAGAGGAGAAAUGCACGUGUAACCAGGUAGUGAACGUCGGUACGGACGAGGGGCUGAAGUCUGAACUGGAUCGCCUGAAAAUCGUCGUGGAGCAACUUUCACAGAAGAUAGCAAAUUUUUCAGAAGACCGAGUAUCGAACCUGGAGGAACAACUGGCUCAGGAGCGAAACAAGGUGAAUAGUAUCCAGGAAGGCUUCGCGCAUGUGCAGAACGCCACGACCCAGAAUAGCGAGCUGGCGGGAAAACUGAAAACCGACCUGUGCAGCGCAAUACCGAAACUGGGACGACUCUUUCAUGUACAGUCACCAGCUGGUGAAUAUAAGUACGACUUGUAUGAAGCAAGGCACGCAUGCGCAGAACAGGGUGCUAGUCUCGCCUCCUACCACCACCUGUACGAGGCCUGGCAGGACGGACUGGAGCGCUGCGCAUGCGGGUGGCUGUCUGACGGGACCGCCCGGUAUCCGAUGCAAGAAGACAAGUUGGUCCUUUUUUAG